AGGAAAUGCUUAAUAUAGCCCCAAACUGACAGAGGCGCAUGAGUUAGGCAGAGAACCCAUAUUCUCACAGCAGAGGAACCAGCUCAUCAUGGUACUGAGACUCCUGCUUGCGCUAGCUGCUCUCCAGAUGUUUCCCAGCCCGGUGUCUCCUUCAGCCCGUCUAUCAGCCCCCAAACUCUCUCUGCACCCCCUACUCCGACAGUUUGUUGAGGGCGAGCAGCUCACCCUCCGGUGCUCAGCUCGGGGGGCCGAAGGCGUGACAAGUUUCGAGUUCUUUGACCCAAGUGGGGGGAAGCCGCUCUCCAUGAAGCCCCACAAAGCCUACAGAGAAGCGUGGCUCCAUCUCACGGCUAACCAGUCUACCGCCGGGGAGUACAGCUGCGCCUACAGGAGGGAGGUAUCCGGGAAAGAAGCCCCAUCUGAGAAGAGCUCCUCCGUCUACAUUCGAGUACUGGAUGCACCCCAGGCUCCAUCCCUCUCUGUGCAUCCUCAGUACAAGGAAUACCGCCCCGGCACCUCCGUGGAUCUUGCAUGUUCUGCGCCACCUCUGGCAGACAACAUUAAAGGCUUCCAGUACUUUGGAGAUAGAAUCGCUAUCUCAGCCUUGGCUUCAUUCCGGAGAAACUACACCUACCAGCUGAGCAUCACGGGGCCAGAGGUAUCUGGGUUGUUCACCUGCUCCUACUGGGUGCGUAUGUUGGGCCGGAAUAUCCCAUCCAAGAGGAGCGAGCCAGUGGAUAUCUAUGUGAAAAGCAACUUGUCCCGGGUGUUGGCUGUGGGCGGCUCCUUCUUUACCCUCAAUGGCCUCAUCUUCCUCACCACCUACUUCCUGAUGAAGCACCAGGACUCUACGAGAAUUGCAACACGUAGAUCGCGGAGAGCCAAGGCUGAAAAAGAACCCAUUUACAUGAGCAUCGAUCCCGAUGUGCUGCUGAGCCCCAAUGAACCUUCCACACCUCCAGACUCAGUUUCCCCAGCUGACCAACAGGACAUAUGAUUCCCCUCUUCCAUGUUCCAUGCUAUGAAGCUUGCCAUAUUUGCUCUGAAUAUUUUGCAGAUCUCUUCCCUGGUCCUGAGCUUUGAAUCCCUAAGUGGCACUGGAAGUAUUAUGCAACAGAUACAUUAGUCUGCUCUGUAAAUCUUCCAAGUCAUGCCAUUGCUUUGGGUUCCACUGCUGACGUAGGAGCUGGUCCUCAGUAGAAAGA